CAUCCUAUUAAAAAUAUUUUUGACAGUGCAGAAUUGAUUAGAAGGUUGCUGACGAAGGCAAUGGGUGGAAGAGGAGAGAUUAGUGAUCAGAAAAUACGCGCAACUCAGGAUCAGUUGCGACUGGCCAGAAUCACGCAAGAUGUGAGCUCUGUGGAUGAUGAUCGUGCCAACGUUCAGAAGUUGAUCAAGAAGGUUAUUGAAACGACACGCUGUACAGUGAGUCAAGCGGAGAUAGCGUUAUAUGAUACAGAUAAUAAUGUUGAAGAAGCGGUGAAUGCUAUAUUAGAAGAAACUUAUUCGGAUGAAAGUGUGUGGAAAGAACAGAAGAGUCGUCGAGCAAAACGUGCUGAAGCUGAGGAACGAGCCGAGGAAUUCUCUUCUGCAUAUAGAAACCGUAAUCACCUCACACGUAACGCCAAUAAUUUCUCUGGAUCAGGCCGAGGACGAGGUUCAGAACGAGGGCGAGGUGGAUUUCGAGGUGGUGUACGAGGUGGUGGUCGAGGAGCAUAUAAUGGUAGAGGGGGAUAUCAACAACCUGGAGCAAGGAGUAAUGCAAUCGAAACGAGUAAUGCAAAUGUUUGGGAUAAUAGCAAUGCACAGCUGAGCAAAGUUGAUCUGAACAAGGAGUGGACGAAUGCAGCGAGUAAUAACUCUGUGGAUGAUAUUCCUGAAGAUACUGAUUGGAAAACGGCAGGAACUUUGGUGUUUUCGCGUCGUGACGAUGCAACGCCACCAGUUGCGGCAACAACACCGACGGCAAAUCUGAAUGCCGCAGGAUCGGGAUCAAGAGGGAGUGUGGGUGUUUCGAUGGGAAGUGGUGCUUGUUCGGCAUCUUCUGCUGCCGGUCCCAUUUCGUUCGCUGCUGUUUUGGCGAGUAAAGGCAAGGACAAUAGCGCUGCCGCAUCUAUAGCCAAUAGUAACGCUACUGCAAAUACUAAUGCGGUAAUCACUAAUUCAGGGAAUCAGUCUAAUCUGAAUUCAUUAUAUCAAAGGUUUGUUUUGUUGCAUUUGUUCGUGACUGUCAAUAAAGAGACGGUAUCGGUUUCGACGAGUGGACAACAAGGUGGAGUUGUAUUGGUGCAGUCGCAGGAUGGGGAUGGCGAACGAGGUGUUGUGGACGAAGAGUGCGCAUCAACAACAUCCAAUCAACAGUCACAGAUUAACAAUGGAGCAUCGAAUAAAGCUGGAAUUAAUACAAGCGUAGAUGCAACAAUGCAACGAACAGUCAACAUGAAUUCAGCGUCGUCAGCUGACUGGACUGCACAAUUAAAGAAUGAUCUCGGUAUUGGUUCUACAGUUGCAGUUGCUGCUUCGAAACCAAUACCAACGUCUAAACCACAAGCGGCACAAUCACAAGCAGCACAGUCUCAGUCCAACUCUCAUUCAAAACAGUUAACAAUGCAACAACAUGCGACCACUACUCAUCCUCUUUCGCAUACAGUUGAGUUCGUAUCAGGUGGUGAUUCAAAUGGACCAUCAGCUCUGCCUGAGUAUCAGUUUGGUUUUCACGUUGAAACAACAACCACUAGCAACGCUGCUGCUAGUGUUGCCACUGAUGAACCACGUUCCAAUGAAGACGUUGUCUUCAACACAACGAAUUCUAAACAACGAUCCAUCAAUCGUGCCACGUCCAAUCGUGAGAGUGAAUUACAAAAUGAAACCUCAACGCAGAUGUUGUCGAAUGGCGCAGUUGGUGAUUUCUCUCCUUCGAUCUCUUCUCAGCAACAGCAACAAUCUAAAGUUCAUUAUUUUCUAUGCACAUUCCAGAAUGUUGUCACAUCGAAUGGCGGUGUGGGUAUUGUAUCAGCCACACCAGUGAGCCAUCCAUCUGCUGGUGCAGCAGCAACAGCUGUUCCUAUGCAACCACGACAGAGUGUUCCGUCAGGAUUAUCUUAUACGGAUACGUCAAGUAUGUCUUAUCCGUCCUCUGAAACACGCAAUGCAAUCGCUUCUAAGCCAUCAUUAUCGCUUCAUCAACAACAGCAAGCUCAGCACCAGUUGUAUACAGCCACACAGAUUCCGUACAAUAGCUAUCCGUAUUUGAAUAUGUACAGUCCUGUAGCGGGUGUGCGGCAGGAUGAAACCCAGUAUGCAGCCGCCGCGCUGGUUCAGUAUCCGUUUGGUGUUGGUCAGAUCGAUAUGAGUUCGUUGUCAACCAUAUUGCCACCAGCUGCAGCUGCACUAGCAUCACAGCAACAAGCAGCCGCCUCACAACCACCACCGCCGGUGCAAGCGCAACACCAGCAACGGCCCGAUCAGCACGCUAGUUAUGUUGAUCUCAAGCAGGCAUAUGCGGCCGCAGCAGCAGUUGCGAACAGCACUGCAGCGGUAGCAUCGGUGGCUGCAGCAGGUGGUGGAUCGACGUUGUUGGGCGGCAACCAGCCUCCACCGCAACCUCAGGCACCUCAAGCUGCACAACAACAGUCCCAACGCGACACGACGUCGGCAGUAUGCACUGCGCCUUCUGCAGCAGUCGCACCUCCUCCGGGCUUCAGUGGACCUCCUUCGAAUAUGCCUACAGCUGCUUUCACACUUCCACAACCUAAUCAUCUCUCGUCUCUUUUUCAGGUGUAUGGCGGUCAUCAGCAAAUGGAUAAAUAUGGUGCUUCGAAUGCUGGUAAAGAUCGUUUGGGUGGAGGGGCACAAGCCACACCACCACCUCAAAUGUAUCAACCACCGGCACCAGCACCGCAAGGAUAUCUAUCGCAACAGAUGCCACUUCAUGCGCAUGCAGCCAAGAAGACUUACGCGAAUGGACCGCAACAUUGGAGUGCUUCAUAG